CUGGGAGGGGUGGGUUCUCAUGCGGCACAUAUGCUUGUCAGGAGUGGCGUCCAAAGAAUCCGAGUGAUAGAUUUUGAUCAGGUCACGCUUUCCUCCCUGAAUCGCCACGCAGUCGCCGGUCUGAAAGAUGUGGGUCUAUCGAAAGCCGAGGUCCUGAAAACGCGCCUGAUG